UGGGACUAGCUGGGACUCGGACUCGGACUCAGACUCAGACUCAGACCCUAAGUCUCCAAGAAUUUUACCGAAGAGGUGAAGGAAAAAAAUACAACAGCACAAUAAACAGAAGACACAAAGAGGAGCUCUGUACAACAAAACACAACAGAGAGGCUACGAAAACCGAGCCAAUGUCUGAGCUAACACUGUAUAACAUCACGCUUGAAAGGCAAUCUGCUUCGGUGCAAUGUUGCUUAGGCAAUUUCUCCGGUACGAAGAAACAAGAGAUCAUCACUGCCUCUUCCAAUGAACUGGUUGUAUACAGAGUGGAUUCAUCGUCUGGUUCUUUACAGCAGCUGUUUACUUUUAAGCUGUUCUCCACUGUCAGAUCAAUAGCACCUGUUAGGAUUGCUGGUACAACCACGCACUACCUAUGUGUAUCCUCUGAUUCGGGGAAUCUGACGGUGCUGUCGAUGGAUCUUCAGAACAAGAGGUUCACUGCUCUGUUCAAUGAACCUCACUCCAAGAGCGGCAUAAGAAGGCUAACACCAUCCGAGAUCACAGUGGACCCGAAGGGCAGGGCUGUGAUGGUUUCAGCCAUUGAGAAAAACAGACUCGUGUAUGUGAUGAAUAGAGAUGACACCGGGUUGACGAUUUCAUCACCGUUGGAGGCUCAUAGAUCAAGGCAUCUGUCGUUAUCAACGGUGGCUCUGGAUGUUGGGUAUGAAAACCCCCAGUUUGCAUCAUUGGAAAUCGACUACUCUGACUUGGAAUUAUCUGAUAUAGACAUGAAGAAACAACUGACAUUUUAUGAAUUGGAUCUUGGUUUAAACCAUGUCGUUAAGAAACAUUCGGAACAAGUCCCAGAAACUUCAAAUCUACUCAUACCAGUCCCAGGUGGGAGCGAUGGUCCAAGUGGUGUGUUGGUUUGCUCUUCAAAUAAAAUCUCAUAUCGUAACUUAUAUGGUGAUAAACUAUCCAUUUCGAUACCAGGGGAAGAUGACACAGUUAUAACCUACGGUGUAUCUCAUAAACUGAAAAAUGAGUUCUUCUUUCUACUGCAAACAAACUAUGGUGACUUGUUCAAAUUGGAACUGUUAAAAGACAUGUCACUAUCCAUAAGUUACUUUGAUACCAUACAACUGUGUACCUCCUUUGUUAUUCUUAAAUCAGGGUUCCUAUAUGCCGAUGCAGAGACAGGUGAUAAACAACUGUUCCAGUUCGAAAAGCUUGGUGGUGACAUGACUUAUAAAUCAACAAAUGAUAACCCUGUGAGAACUUGGUUCGCAAGAACAGAGUUACAAAACCUAUCACUUGUUGACGUCGUCGAGUCACUGGCACCAAUGAUAUCAUCUCAUAUAACUCCUAACAAAAGCAGCAACUGCUUGUUCUCAUUGAACGGAGUGAAAGACUCUUCUACACUCAGGAUGUUACAGUAUGGUGUUUCGAUAUCGGAGAUAGUAGAGCCUGAUUUACCAGCCACUGCUACAAGAUGCUUCACUACAAAGACUGAUAAAUCCGAUGAGUUUGACAAAUAUCUCAUCAUUUCAUUCGAAGAUAGAACUUUAGUGCUCACCAUUGGAGAGUCCGUGGAAGAAGUUACAGAUUCAGGAAUUGAUCUCUCUGUGGAGACUCUGGGAAUCCAGCAAGCUGGUCAAAGUUCAAUUCUCCAAAUUCACAAAGAUGGUGUUAACGUCAUCAAGAAUAACACCAUUGUAAACCAUUGGUACCCACCAGCUGGUAUCAAACUAACCGCAUUGUCUUCAACAAAUACACAGCUAGCACUUGGUUUGAGUAACGAAGACCUGGUCUAUUUUGAAAUUGACCAAGAUGAUAACUUGAUCGAAUGGAAUGAGCAUAAACACAUGUCUUGUAAGAUCACGUCGAUGUCAUUAGGUGAGAUUCCCGAUGGACUUCGUAGGUCUUCGACUUUAGUGGUUGGCUGUGCUGAUUCUACAAUUCGUGUUCUAUCUACAGAUCCAAAAUCGACCUUAGAGUCGAUAUCAUUGCAGGCAUUGAGUUCAGUUCCAUCAAGCUUACUAAUUUGUAAUAUGAACAACCAACUAUGUGUUCAUAUCGGACUGGAGAAUGGUGUUUACGUCAGAACAGUUCUAGAUGUGAAGUCAGGGGACUUGUCAAGUACAAAGCAGAAAUACCUCGGUAACAGACCUGUCAUUUUAACGAAAACAAGACUGAACAAAGAGAACGUUGUGAUAGCAUUAUCUGCAACCACAUGGAUUGUGCACGAGAUGGAAUCGUUCAAGGUCCAACCACUUUUGAUCGAGCCAUUGGCUUAUUCUACAAGCUUCCAUAGUGAGGAUUGCCCAGAAGGUCUUGUUGGUGUUUAUAAGAGGAAAUUGGUUAUCUGUACAAUUGAUUCUUUGACCCAAACUUUCAAGAAAGACUCUCUACAGAUACAAACAACAGGUAAGCUGUUGUUAGAAGAUGACAAAUACCUCUAUAUCAUUCUCAGUGGAGAAGGAUCCUAUAUUCAAAAGUUCAACGAAAACACGAAUGAGAUUGAAAAGUCCGUUGAAAUUCCCAAAGGAACCAAGAUCGUGACCGCAAACAUGGUACACUUCCAAUCGAAGAAUGCUAAGUACCUUGUAUGCUCAUCUACAGGCGAAGAGAAUUUAUUAUCUGUCUACGAUUUGAAUGACUUAUCUCUUAUCCACUCCACCAAAAUUCCAGAACAAUGUCAUUGUCUGGGAGAAUUCCAGGGCAAGUUAAUCGCAGGCUAUGGUUGCUACUUGAGACUCUUCGACAUGGGUGUCAAGCAACUUUUAUCCAAGUCGAACACUCAUUUAAAAACUUUAUCAUCUAUUGUGAGAUUGGAUGUUCAAGGCUCAAGAGUCGCAAUUGGAGAUAUCCGAGACUCCAUAACACUUGUGACAUUUUCUCAUGAGAUGAACGCAUUUGUCCUUUUUGUUGAUGAUAUAGUAACUCGUCAUGUAACAUCCCUGAAAUUCUUGGAUUACAAUACCGUCGUUGGUGGUGAUAAAUUUGGCAACGUUUUCGUACUUCGUGUACCUGAAAGUGCAAGUGAUGAUGACGUUGGGUACCUCUCAACGAAACCUCUCAGCACGAAUGGUGCUCCAUUCAAGUUCAAUACACUGUGCCAGUUUUAUCUUGAUGACAUCCCCAUGUCUUUCCACAAAACAAAUUUCACUCCUGGUGGUCGUGAUAUCAUUGUAUACACCUGCUUACUGGGCACAGUUGGUGCACUGAUUCCCUUGAUUACGAUGAGUGAUAUCAAAUUCUUAAAGUCCGUAGAGAAGGCUAUGAGAGAUUCAUUGGAACUUCCAACUGGAAGAAUGCAUCUGAAGUAUAGGGGUUACUAUGCACCUGUUAAGAACGUCAUCGAUGGUGACUUACUCGAGCUGUUUGAUACUCUGGACUCCAAUUCACAAGAUCUUGUAAUUUCAGAAACUGGAAGAAAGAAAGAGGAGAUUUCUAGAAGGGUGUACGAUGUUAGACUUGGAUCUCUCUAACAUAGAGUGAUGGUGUAAAGAAUAUAGCAGUAUAAUUCGGUAUGUUAAACGUCUAUGAAAACCUUCCUCUAAACAUUUCCUUUAUGAUAUUCUUAUUAAUGAUGGUUUCUUGGAUGAUUCCAUCAACAUGUCGUGCUUCACAUCUACCAUACCAAAUUGUGAGCCCAUCUUCGUCAAAAUACAAUACAUUUCCAGCGUACGCGUGUCCUCCGAUGUGGCUCACUAGGCCAACCCUCACACCAUGCGCAUU